GGAAGGGAUUUUGACAGCUGUGGUUUUGAGGCACCCUGUACUACCGUACUGCUGUUGUUCCACAACAACACUUUGCCGUGUUGUUUGGAAAACGGGUUAAACAAUACGCAAGCACGGUGAAAAACUUGCCCUACUGGAAUGAAGGAAAAAUACACAUCCUGGGAAACCAGAUUUUAGUGAAGAAGUACCACAAAAUACGUAGGAAGUGAUAGAAAACACGAAAGCAACAUACGAACAAGAACUAGGGGUGUUUUUCGUUGCAUACAUCCACCCACAAACCACCUCUUGCCGGGCGGUGGGAAGAAGACGACUUUUUUUUUGUUCCCCAUUCGUCCAGUGUUUGUGCCGUGGCAGAAAAGGAGUCAACAUUUGUUUCGCAAUUUUCGCAAGGAUUUGCUAAGAAGGCGAGUUGUUCAGAAUACUCCUUAAUGAUUUUGUGAUAGUGAAAAGCAAAUGUUUGUGAUAGCGUAAGUGAAUGAGCAAUAAAGUGCGUUGUGUUGCCAAAUCAUACAGUGAUAAAGGUGUGUAAUCGUGUUGUCCACGUUUUCCGCAUCCGGUGAUAAACGAAAAACGACCAUCUAGCAGAAGCUGUGUGGAACCGGACAUUCCUGUAGCAUCUUCCUCGGAGGUCGCGUGUUGCUGCACUGAGCGGCGCUAUAGACACCGGUGGUGGUGGUGGUGGCGGCGGUGGUGGUGGUGGAGGAGGAGGUGGAGAUACCACGAACGACACGGACGCGGAAAAGGAAAUGCUCCUGUCGACGGCCGAAUCGUCGGCCUACUCGGCACAGGAGGUUGCUGCCCGGCUACGGGUCGAUGUCCGAACAGGGCUACGAUGGUCGGAGGCGAACAGUCGUUCCAAGAUCGUUGGCUACAAUGAACUGAACGCACUGGACGAUGAGCCACCCUGGAUGAAGUAUGUGCAGCAGUUUAAGAAUCCACUCAUCCUUCUGCUGCUGGGUUCUGCCCUCGUGAGUGCCUGUAUGCGACAGUUUGAUGAUGCGAUCAGUAUCACCAUUGCGAUCAUCAUCGUCGUAACGGUGGCAUUUAUCCAAGAGUAUCGUUCGGAGAAAAGUCUGGAGGAGCUCAAAAAGCUGGUCCCUCCCGAAUGUCACUGCUUACGAGAAGGACGACUAGAAACGUUUCUGGCUAGAAAUCUCGUACCAGGCGAUAUCGUGUAUCUCAACGUAGGCGAUCGCGUACCGGCCGAUAUACGAAUCUUCGAAGCGUUCGAUCUGUCGAUCGAUGAGUCGAGCUUUACCGGCGAAACGGAACCGGCGCGUAAAAGCGUCGAGGUGGUACUGAACGCCAACAACACAAAGAAUCAUGCCAGCAUGAAGAACAUUGCCUUCAUGGGCACGCUAGUUAGGUGUGGUAAUGGAAAGGGUAUCGUAGUUAGCACGGCCGAAAACAGCGAGUUCGGCGAAGUCUUUAAAAUGAUGCAAGCCGAGGAAGCGCCAAAAACGCCGAUGCAAAAAUCGAUGGACAUACUCGGUGCCCAGCUAAGCUUCUACUCCUUUUGCAUCAUCGGCGCCAUUAUGCUGCUCGGCUGGAUACAGGCCAAACCGUUGGUAGAAAUGUUCACCAUUAGCGUUAGCUUGGCCGUGGCCGCCAUUCCGGAAGGUCUCCCGAUUGUAGUGACUGUUACGCUAGCACUCGGAGUCAUGCGCAUGGCCAAACGUCAUUGCAUCGUAAAGAAACUGCCAACGGUCGAAACACUCGGCUGUGUAACCGUCAUCUGCUCGGACAAAACCGGUACGAUCACAAAGAACGAAAUGACGGUCACCGUCAUCAUUACGUCCGAUGGAUAUAUGGCGGACGUGACCGGUGCUGGGUACAAUGACAAUGGAGAAAUUCACAUCCGAGAUUGCAACAGUAUGGAUAAUGCAAAGACCAGCAUUAAUCAGCUGCUAGAAGCGGGUGUCGUUUGCAAUAAUGCGAUCAUCCAAAACGACACACUGCUCGGACAGCCGACGGAAGGUGCACUGCUGGCGGCGGCGAUGAAGAACGGCCAGUAUUCGGCUGCCGAUAAUUUCCUGCGCAUUCAAGAGUAUCCGUUCAGCUCGGAACAGAAGAUGAUGGCUGUGAAGGCGGUGCCAAAGUACGCCAACACGAAGGAGGAGAUAUUCUUCGUGAAGGGUGCAAUCGAGAUGGUAUUGCCCCAGUGUACAAAGUUCUGGUACGGUGGACAACCGAUCGCUUUGAACAAACAGAACGAGGCAGAGUUCUUACAGGAAGCGUACGAAAUCGGUCGGAAAGGACUGCGCGUACUAGCCAUUGCACGGGGCACAUCGCUUCAAGAUCUGGUGUACCUGGGACUGGUAGGAAUUACCGAUCCACCGAGACCGCUGGUACGUGAAUCGAUCGAAAUGCUACGCUCGAGCGGUGUGCUGGUAAAGAUGGUUACAGGAGACUCGCAGGAAACAGCCAUGGCAAUCGCAUCUAAAAUCGGACUUGACAUUGUGCACAUGCAGGCAAUGUCCGGACACGAUAUCGAUCAGAUGAACGAAAUGCAGCUGGAAAAGAUCAUCAACACGGUCAGCGUGUUUUAUCGUGUCACGCCCAAACACAAGCUCGCGAUCGUGAAAGCACUUCAGCAGAACGGCCACAUCGUGGGCAUGACGGGCGAUGGAGUCAACGAUGGUGUGGCGCUGAAGCGUGCCGACAUUGGCAUUGCCAUGGGUAAAAAUGGUACCGAUGUGUGUAAGGAAGCGGCCGAUAUGAUCCUGGUAGAUGACGAUUUCCAUACGAUUAUUGCUGCAAUUGAGGAGGGUAAAGGUAUCUUCUGGAACAUUCGCAACUUUGUCCGCUUUCAGCUAAGUACUUCGAUUGCGGCCCUCUCGCUGAUUGCACUGUCCACGCUAAUGGGCAUCUCGAAUCCACUGAAUGCGAUGCAAAUUCUGUGGAUCAACAUCAUCAUGGAUGGGCCACCGGCACAGUCGCUCGGCGUCGAACCGGUGGAUCAGGACGUGCUGAAACAGAAGCCACGCAACGUCAAACAGCCGAUGAUUUCGAAAUCUCUCAUCAUCAAUGUACUGCUGUCGGCUGGCAUUAUCAUUCUCGGUACGCUGUGGGUGUUUCAGCGCGAGAUGGCUGACGGGACGGGUGUAACGAGCCGCGACACGACCAUGACCUUUACCUGUUUCGUGCUGUUCGACAUGUGGAACGCACUGAGCUGUCGAUCGCAAACGAAGAGUGUGUUUCAGAUCGGACUCUUUACGAAUCGGAUGUUCCUGCUGGCUGUCGGAUUUUCGCUGCUCGGUCAACUACUGGUCAUCUACUUUCCGCCUCUCCAGAUGGUCUUCCAAACGGAAGCCCUCUCGGCGAUGGAUCUGCUCUUUCUCGUUUCGCUCACCUCGAGUGUGUUCAUCGUGUCCGAGCUGAAGAAGUGGUUCGAACGUACCAUGGAACGACGAAUGUACCGCAAGCGAACCGAGCUCGAUUUCGUAUGACAAACGGCUCCCAAAGAUGCUGGAAGAUUGCACAAGGACUAAACGGUAGAAACAUACAACCGGUAAAAACUGUAACCCGACCGAGCAAUGCGAGAGGAAGCGGACCACCAUCCGACGGGUCGUCAGUGAAGACAUGGCGGAUAAUUCGGUUGCGAUGACGGCUGCUACUACCAACUUCAACAACAACAACAACAACAACACCUACCACCGAAGAUAGUAACCAAACGACGACAGUAACAGUAAAUACGGAACGACGACGAAUGACGACGAUCGACAACAAAUUUCGUAAGGCUACAAAGAGAACAACACGGAGCGUUUGUGACAUUGUUUUUUAUUUCGUAUCCGUUUUUUUUGGAACAAACUACUAUUGUUGUAAGCAACAACAUAAAAAAACACACACAUUUUACCACUAUUCAUAUGCCAUACCGAUAAGCGCUGGACCCUGUAGUGGACCUACCUGAAGGAAAUUGAACAGGGUGAAGAGUCUCAACGAUCCAAAAAUUGGGAGAGUUUUGCUAAUAGUGCUCAAACAAAAGGAGGAAGGAAUAAUUGAAGCAUAUUGAAAUCGAAAACGAUAUCCUAAUGCCACUCUAUUUUGGACAUGAUUUCGACUAAUACAGCAAAACUAUAAAUCAUUACGGGAACAAAGUGGAACAUGGUACACUACAUAUUUAUGGCUUGCAUUUGGACACCUGGAGAGAGAAUAACAGACAAUUAGAUGCAGCGUAAAGUGAAGCUACUAGUAAAAGUACAUUGCGAGGGUUUGUUUGUUUUUCAACAAUAGCUUUCAAUACAGAAAGGGAUCUCCUUUUUUGCUAAAACUUUUGUGUACCAACGACUAAAAAGAACAAAGUUAUAAUGCACCAUUUUUGUUUUUAGAGAAUUUAUCUUUUAUCUGUGCAAAUUUAUAAACUUAAACUUAUUCUAUUACGAAAAGAAAUCAACUAUAUUUAUGCUCAAACUCAGACACAAUCUCGCCUUAUGUUAUAGUACUGUUUUGUGCCUUUCUGUUACUUAGAAGCUUAACUUCUGAGCUCUGUACCCGUGUUCCGUUCCUUUGCAAACCAAACCCCGAACAACGGGUAAGUUUUGCGAUUUCUCUUCAUCUUAGAUUAAUGUUUUAUUUUAUCAUUUUCUGCAACAGAACAGAACGGCAUAGGGCAAAGGGAAAUAGAACGGAGAAAGGGGGAAACAAUGAAGAGAUUGAAACAAAGUACACAAGGCUUAUUAUCAUUCGACUAUUCAGUUAAGUAUUACUAAGAGAAGGCCUAGGUACGGUACUGCAUAGUAGCUAAGUAUUUAAAGCGAUUCAGUUUGAUAACAGUCAGUAAUAGGCUAGAGUAAAAGUGGGACACCAUGCAGCUAUACACAGUAGGACGGACGUUGACCGACGCGCCUGAAGGCUGUGCAUUCAGUGACUAUAAAAAGGGUACUAUAAAGAGAAGAACAAAACCUUUAAGUUGUAAAGAA